AUGCAUUUCGGCGAUCCUAUUCGAACGGUCGAAGACACUUACGAGGCAGUGCCUUGCGAGUUGGAUGAUCCGUCUCUGGGGGUGUCGGAUGACGAGGGGUCUGAUGAGGAUGUAACCAUGGGUGACGAGGAUGUGCCCAUGGGUGAUGGGGAGUCUGGUGAGGAUGUCAACGACGACGGCGCCGACGACGACGAUGAUGGCGGCGACGACGAUGACGCCGAUGACGGCGAUGACGUCGACGACGACGAUGACGCCGAUGACGGCGAUGACGCCGACGACGACGAUGACGCCAAUGACGGCGAUGAUCCCGACGACGACGAUGACGCCGAUGACGGCGAUGACGCCGACGACGACGAUGACGCCAAUGACGGCGAUGACCCCGACGACGACGAUGGAUCCUAUGAGGAUAUGUCGGAUGGCGAGGGGUCCGUGGCGGGGCCUGGGGCUCCCGUUCCUGCCCUUACUGUGGUGGAGCAGGUGAUGCGUUGGGUCGAGGAGUGUGUGGACCCCCUCGGGUUGUCUCUCGUCGGGGGUGUCCGCUCUCUUCCCUGGCUCCAGGUGGUGAACCUCGCGGCGGAGACGUUCUCUUCCCCUGAUGAGUUUCUUGCCUGGUACGAGGCUAUUUCGCGUGCCGCGGCUUUGCAGGUCCUCGGUAAGUGA